UCAUCCUUUGUUGAAAAUUUACAACAUGUAUCAGACAUACAAAUUAAAAGAUGGAUUCAAUUCUCGCCUCAAGCGUCAAUUCAAAUUCAUGGGUUUAGUGACGCCUCAGAGAAGGCGUAUUGUGCAGCGGUAUACAUCCGAGUUGUUCAUCCAGAUGGCGACAUUUAUUCAAACCUAUUAGUCUCCAAAACAAAAGUGGCGCCCUUAAAAAGAACCACGAUCCCUAAAUUAGAACUAUGUGGAGCAGACUUGCUAACGAAAUUAAUCAAAAGUAUAUCAAAUGACGUACAGAUAGAACACAAAUUAUUUCUUUGGACGGACUCAUCCAUUGUCCUUGGAUGGCUACAAAAGUCCCCACAGACAUUAAAGACCUUCGUGGCCAAUAGGAUUAGUGACAUAUUAAGCGUGGUAGAUAUAAGUCAGUGGAAUUACGUAAAAACUGACGAAAAUCCAGCUGAUCUUGGUUCACGAGGGUGCGCUCCUCUAGAUUUGUCGACAUGCCAACUUUGGUGGCAUGGGCCUUCGUGGCUGUCUCAACCGCACCAGCACUGGCCAAAACCACGAACAUUUGAGCCUACAGAUCUCGAAGCGAAACGAGUCUGCAGUUAUCACACCUCAGAAAACGCAGAAGAAAUUAUUUCCAGGUUCUCAUCAUUCAAUCGAUGUCUUAGAGUUAUAUGCUAUAUCUUCAGAUUUUACCAGUCAUCGAAAAGGAAAGAAACAUUUUCAAGUACACUCUUACGGCACGACGAGAUUGAUUUCGUGAAACGUCGUCUAAUCCACUUAUCACAAAAAGUCGCGUUUCCAAGAGAACUUGAAGCUCUGUGCGAGAAAAAGCCAAUUAGCAAGAAAAGCAAAAUUCUCGCGAUUAAUCCAGUUAUCGACGAUACCGGUCUAUUGAGAGUAGGCGGCAGGCUAACGAAUUGUGGUCUUAGCUAUGAAGAAAUUCAUCCAAUCAUUCUACCUGAAAAAUCGAAAUUGGCUGAACUUAUGAUAAAAUUCACCCAUCGUAUCCUUUUGCACGCUGAGCAUCACACCAUGCUCCGAGCAAUUCGCCAAGGCUUUUAUAUCCCUCGAGUUAAAAAUAUUAUCCGCCAAUGUAUUCGUAAUUGUAAACCAUGUACUAUCGUCAAGCAUCGUUUCCAAAAUCAGAUAAUGGCAUCGCUUCCACCUGAGCGCGUCCAAUUCUCCUUGCCUUUUACGUUUACCGGUGUCGAUUUUGCGGGACCUUUCAAUAUUCGAGCAUCGAAAGUCCGAAAUUCAAAAACGUUGAAAGGAUAUGCAGCCGUAUUUGUGUGCUUCUCCACUAAGGCCGUCCACUUGGAGACUUGCUCGGAAUUAUCCUCCGAAGCAUUUAUCGCGACGUUUUCCCGCUUUACCGGAAGGCGAGGUCUUCCAAAGACAAUUUUUUCCGACAAUGGAAGGAACUUUGUCGGUGCAAGCUAUAAGCUUCUAAAAGAACACCAUGAAUUCUUAAAAUCUGCCGAACAAUCUCUGGUUGAAAAGUAUGCUACUCAUGGUUUUAACUGGUCCUUCAUUCCACCCUACGCACCGCACAUGGGCGGAUUAUGGGAAGCGGCCGUUAAAAGCAUGAAAACCCAUUUAAAAAAAGUUGCCGCUUCUCAUACACUAACAUUCGAGGAACUUACAACACUUUUGAUAAUGGUCGAAUCAAUAUUAAACUCCCGUCCCUUAUCGCCUAUAUCCGGAAAUCCUAAUGAGCUAAACCCAUUAACUCCGGGCCACUUUCUUCGCGGUGCACCAAUUAUCGUCGAGCCCUCUCAAAACAUUGCACAAGACAACAUUUCACUGUUAAAUCGUUGGGAACGGCUAAAGGCACUGCAACAAAUUUUCGCGCGACGAUGGAAGACGGAGUAUAUUACUGAAUUACAACGUCGCAUUAAAUGGAAAACCACAAAAAAUAAUAUUAAAAUCAAUGAUUUUGUUGUGAUUAAAGACGAGUUACUACCCCCUACCGACUGGAGGCUUGGAAGAGUCACAAAAGUUCACUAUGGCUCCGACAACAACGUCAGAGUAGCCGAAAUAUUGACACAAAGUGGAACCAUCACUCGACCAAUCGUUAAGCUAUGUGUUUUACCGACUCAAAACACUACGCCAACUGAAUGAUCACUUAUAAUAUACCAUUUAUUCACUUGUAUAUGCUCCUUUCUAUUCUUUACUUUCAGAUCGUCAAUGCCAGUCGCUACCAUUACCUAGUGCAGUGAAUACCCACGACACUGUUGAUUUGAAGGAGUGGCCUCACUUUGAGGCGGGAAUAUGUUGAAGCGAGUUCAACAAGUUUGUAGUAUAAACCUUCCUUGACUUACCACAGAAUGCCCGCUCACGAAGAGCACUAAUGGAUACGUUUCAAAAAUUACAUUUAAGCUAUCUCAUUCUCAAACAUUCACUCAUUUCUCAAUUACUCAAUACUAUUGCACUCCUCUAGUUAUUACAUUAUCGUUCUAAUUGGUUUUUUUUACAACAUCUCCCUGAGCAUUAAUUUGUUUCACAUAAGAACCGUUGUAAGAAACUUGGAGUCUACCCUGAAUUCAAAGGAAAGUGUGCAACCAGUCAAGUGUAUCGCUUUGAAAAGCUUCAGCUACAAGGUCAACUCCGUAGUAUUACGACAACUCCCGUGCCUCAUAGUGGAGUUAAGCGAUCCUCUGAUCUCAUUAGCAGAAUCCUGAUUCUGC